AUGCAGGAAGUACCUGCCUUGCGUCGGGCAGGUCGUCCCAAACUUGGCCUCCUCGCAGCGAGGCAGGCCGCAGUGUCCCGUGGUGGUCAGUGCUUGUCCAGAUCCUACCAGGAUUGCAUGGUACCUCUGAAGUGGCAGUGUUCGAAGGGUCAUCAAUGGAGCGCGACGCUGCAUUCGAUUCGCAACGGAAACAGUUGGUGCCCGCACUGCGCAAAAAACGCUCGACCUACCCUCGAUGAUGCAAUAAGGGCGGCCGUGGCAAGAGGAGGGCUGUGCCUCUCUACUCGGUACAACGAUUCUAGGUCAGCGUUGCAAUGGCAAUGCGAACAUGGUCACACUUUUUGGAUGCGGCUCGGCGGCGUGAGAUCAGAAGGGAAAUGGUGCCCUUCGUGUGUUCGAGCUUCCAAGGACGUUCAGUUUCUGCAGCUUGCAACACAUGUGGCAACGUCUCGCGGUGGCCAGUGCUUGGGCAUCGCUUGCCGAAGCGGACUCGUUGUAACAUGGAAGUGUGGGAAAGGACACCAGUGGCAUGCCCGAUUGAACAACGUUCUCAAAGGUACUUGGUGCCCAUCAUGUUCUGUAGCGCGGAGACGCUUAUCAAUCGAAGACGCUAAAGCUGAGGCUGUUCGAAGAGGAGGGGCGUGCUUGUCUUCCUAUUACACAAACAGCCACAGCCAUCUGCGAUGGAUGUGUUCUGAAGGACAUGAGUGGAACACGUCACUGACAGCAGUAAAACAUGGAGGUUCAUGGUGCCCCGUGUGCCAGAGUGGCAGAAGUGAGCGUGAGGUCAGGAUCAUCUUAGAAACCAUAUUUGUGGGACAUUCGUUCCCGCGUUGUCGGCCAUUGUUUCUCAAGGGGCUGCGCGGCGUUCCAUUGGAACUUGACGGUUACUGCCAAAAGCUAAGCAUUGCUUUCGAAUACAACGGCGAGCAACAUUAUGACCCGCAGUCUUUCUGGAAUCUCCGCAGGAACAGCGAUGCAUUCGAUCAACAAUGCUUACGGGACCACCGAAAGACAUCCUUGUGUGCAGCCGCUGGAAUACGAUUGAUCGUGGUGCCCUUUUACGUCAAGGACCGCUGGGCUUUCAUUCGUUUGUCAUUGCUACGCUGGUUCAGUAUUGCUGAAGUAAAUUGGACGUUGGUGCCCGCAGGACAGUCGCGCCCCUGA